CACUUUUUAUGUUUUAAAAGCAAAGCACUUAUUUAACAUUCUUGUUCUGCUUAUUCAGACAGCAAGGCCCAUUAUUCUUUUUUAUUUCUUUAAGUUUGCUUCUUCUGACAAGAUAGAACAGGUUUUCAUAGAGGUAUGAGUGAUUUAAACGGCGAAAGAUCGAAGACGUGGAACAUAUACACGGCUUCGAAUCCAGGUCCGUCGCAUUCACAGACAGGAGGAGGAGGGGUUGAUGAGGAAGGUCCAUGGAAAAGCUUUGGAACAUCAAUGAGUGCAAUAUCUUUUGGAUUUGUUGCCACUGCGAUUUUGAUUUCGAUGUUUCUAAUAAUGGCUAUAUUUGAACAUUUGUUUAAACCAACUCAACAGUUUUCUUCUACACCUGAAUCUAUGUUGCCAACUUAUCAGGAACAGCAGCACUCACUGCCAACCACAAAACAACGAAACGCGCAAUCGGUUUCAUCAUCUUCUUAUGCUUGUGAUUUAUCAGUGUUGAUGCCAGGGGAGCAAUAUCCUACCUACAUUGCUCAACCUGCUCCUCUGCCAUGUCCAAGAGAAGGAGCUUAUUGGCCUUCUCAUCAACAUCAUUUUGUAUUUAAUAAUUAGUACUAAUUUUUCUAACCUAUAAAUAUUGUUGAUGGAUUUAUCUGUAAACAUUACAGACAUUAAGAGAUUAUUAUAUAUCUGAAGUCUGUUGUUUUCAA